AUGUCAACGUCAGAGAACACCUUCUCCACAGAUACAGUCACCACAUCCGGAACGUCGGAUGUGGAUAUGUAUCCUGGGAGUAUCCCCCAUCAGUCAGAACUUAUGGCAAGAGAUCACCAACCUUUGUUGACUAUCAGUCAGUCACAAGUUACCUCACAGUUAGGAUUCCAUACUACUAUGAAGCAGGGAUCACCAGCAACGUCAAAUUCAACAUCAUCACCAAGUCGUGAGAGCAGCGACGACAGUGACGACAGCGUACCUUUGGCACAGCUUGCCAGUAUAAAGCGGACUGCAGCAAUGGAGAAUUCUAUGGACACUUGUUCAUCAAAAAAGCAAAAGACCCCCAAAAAGAAGAAGAAGAAGGAUCCAAAUGAACCUCAAAAUAUUAUUGUCUUCUUUCCAUCUCUUCUUUCUUCUUUUUCUUCUCCUCCUCUUCCUUCUUCUUUUUCUUCUCCUCCUCUUCCUUCUUCUUUUUCUUCUCCUCCUCUUCCUUCUUCUUUUUCUUCUCCUCCUCUUUCUUCUCGUCUUCUUCCUCCUCCUUCUUCUCGUCUUCUUCCUCCUCCUUCUUCUCGUCUUCUUCCUCCUCCUUCUUCUCGUCUUCUUCCUCCUCCUUCUUCUCGUCUUCUUCCUCCUCCUUCUUCUCGUCUUCUUCCUCCUCCUUCUUCUCGUCUUCUUCCUCCUCCUUCUUCUCGUCUUCUUCCUCCUACUUCUUCUCGUCUUCUUCCAUCACUUUCUCUUCUUCUAUCUCUUUCUCUUUCUACUCCUCCUCCUCUUUCUGAAGAUUCUGUCUUUUGCCUUUUUUAUAUUACUUUCUCUCACUCUCACUUUUCUCUUUUUCUCUAUCAUUUUACUCUUUCCUUUUAUAUCCUUUCUUUGCACACCUCCUUUCAACCGACUCUCUUUCUGUUCCUCUUUGCUUUUCUCGCACUUUCUCUUUUCACCUACUCUCUCUUUAAAUCUGUUCUUUUUAACCUGAAAUUUUCUUUUCUUUCAUACACCCACCUUUCCUUUUUUCUCUAUCCACUCUCUUCCUUUCUUCCUCUCUUUCUCUAA